GAAUAAGAGUUUGCCUCUAGCUGCUCACUCAGAUGCUUGUUUAAUUUUAAGCGGAUCUUCUUUUCUAAAACGGCUGUGAACGGAGGCACAACGCCUAGAACGCGAACUAUUUAAUUGUUAUACAAUUCCAGAAAACUAUAAAUAAACUUAAAAUCGCGGAAAUCGUAUUGGAAAUAUUUAGUGCAACGAAAAAGAAAUUAAUUAAAUUUAACAACAACAGCAUCCCCAGCUAAAUAUAACUAAAAACGCACUUACAAACAUUUAAAAUUAAAAUAAAUUUUAAUCAAAAAUAAAUCAAUUACAACACACUGAACGUGUAAAGAAAACCGGUAAAAACCAAUUAAAAAGUUUACAGAUUACGAAUCUCAAACAAUAUUUCAAACAAACUUGUGUAUUCGCUUUAAUAAUUGUGUAAAAAAAAGUUUGAUUGCAAAAAAAAUAUUGUUAAAAUAUACAUACAUACAUACAUAUGUAAAUAUUAAUAAACACCUUUGGUUAAGUUUAGCCAGGCGCCAGUCUAAAAAUAGACUGACUGACCCGAUCACUUGAUCGAUCUCCUCUUGCGUUUAACUCUAACAACCUACAAACACCAGCCAACAACAUUCCGCGAAGCGUUUAUAAACAACCAACCAAACAACCACUUUAUCGUAAUCUCUGUCAAACAAAGCAACAAAUACUCACUCGUAAACAAGCAAACAACAAACAAAAACAAACGGACAAACAAACAAAUAAAAAGUCUAAAAAUAAAACCAGCUGAUUUUGUUACCGUGAAAGAAAAUAUUUGUUUUUAUUUUCAUUACUUAUUUAUAUUUACAAGAUUUGACAACAACAACAACAGCAAGCAGAUAAAGUUGUAACCAGCAACGACAACAACACUACCAACGACCGACUUAUGUUAUCUAUCAUCUGCAUGCAUGCCACACUCACAUCUGUAACUCAACGUACGAUUACAUGCAGAGCAGAGUGUUUGUUUAUUUAAGGAAAAACUAUAAAUAAAUUCAAUGUUUGUUGCACAGGCGUAAGAAUAACAAAAACAGCUGCAUCAGUAACAACAACAAGAACAACAAGCACUACAACAUGUAAGUGUGACCAACAACAACAAGUGUAAAUAGUGUAAAAUAAAUAAACAAAGUACUAGAAGAAAAUCUUCUCAAGAAACACAAAAACAAGUCGAAUGCUUGACUCCAUCAGUAACAACAAACAUUGGAAAAUCUCACUGAUCGAAAGCAACAACAACAACAACAAUAACAACAUCGACGACAACAACAUCGACAAAAGGCGCGUCGUCAAACACACCACACAAAUACCAUCACAAGAAGGUUUCAACGUUCAUUGCAAACGAUCUUUAUGUCCAGAGCUAUGCAGAGCUCGAUACGAAACAGUGUAGUGCUCGCACCCUGCACGCAAUCUUAUUUAACUUUAACAAAAUCCAAAAGAAGUAAAUUUCAAUAAAUCUUUACAAAUCCAGAAUUCAAAAUAUAUCGAAUCAGUUUGAACAAAUAAACUUUUUUCUGGACAUAAUAAAGCGUCUACAAAGUGGUCAAUUGACCACGAAUUAUAGUUUUCGCUAAAACCGAGAGAGAUGUCUGUUAAAGUACUUUCUUGAAUGGAAAAUAAAUUAUCAAAUUAAAAAAUAUAUAUAAAAUUGUGAUUUCGAAAAAGCUUGUGUGUGAUAGACAAAUAAUAAUAAUUUUUAUUUUAUUUAAUAUUAACAAAUAAAACGCCAUUGAAAUAUAUAUUGUUUGUCAUACAACCCUCGUAAAAACAAAAACAAAUCAACUUAAAAAUUUAAAGUUCCUUAUUUAAGUGAUUACAACAAAAUUAUAUUUAGAAAAUUUAAAAAAAAAGCAACGAAUAAAAUACUUUAAAUAAUUGGUUGUGUCCACCAUAUUGUUCGUAAUUUAAACGCAGCCUUUUAAACAUCUGCAACGAUCAAGGGAAAGAGAUUUUACAUAAAGAGCUUUUGCUGAAUGUAUAAUGAGCAACAGUUGUCGCGUCUCACCAGUUUGCCGGAUUGUUCAGUUAGAAAACUACAAAAAUGGUGUUACCAAAGGCACGUUUAAUGUACUCCUCUUCGUCUUUAAUCAAUACCUGCAAAACUUCAAAAACAGCCUCACCAGUUCAUCUGAUGAGUUUACCAGCGAUUUUAGUUGGUAUUUUAGUGCUAGUAGUAGUUACACCGCUACAGGCACACCCCCUAAUACCGAGUGGCAAUAGUCAUAGUUUCGAAUAUAAACAUUAUUGCAGCAAUUCGUUGUCUGAUGUAAUACGGCUACUCUGUGGUGGACCUUAUAGUUCCCAACAAUAUACGCAUUAUACGGAUAAUAGUGACGCGUUUAGUUCGAAUUCUUUGAAACGUCUUGCUAGUGAUGAUGGAAUCUACUUUAGGAAUGUUCAGACCGAACGAAUUCAUGAAUGUUGCCAAAGACCCUGCGGCUAUUCGGAAUUGAAAAUGUAUUGCGCGCCCGUUUGAAGUUUUAAACGUUUGGAAAUGUUUUGACUAAUUUCUCAAGAUCUCCAAAAAAUAUAUAUAAAUAAAAAGAGACGAGAUAUUUCUUCUUUAAAAGAAUAUUCUUAAGAAUUGUAAUUUUAAGUUAAAAAUCAUAAAUGUAAUUAAAAAUAUCUAUGUAUAUCUACUCCUAGGGGAAGGGUAGGUAGUCUAUUAAUAGUUUUGAUAUAGUAGAACUAAAGGAUAAUUGUGAUGUUUACGAAAAUUAUUUUAACAAAUACUUAAGAAAAUGGUUAAAGGGAAUUCUUAAAAUAUGCAGCUAAUAAUAUUGCUUUCAAAAAUAUUUAUAUUACUUAUUAGUUUUAAAACUUAAAUUUACUUAUUAAUAAAUAUAAAAAUUUAAGAUAAGAUAAACGUCGGCCCAUUAGCUCAGUUGGUUAGAGCGUCGUGCUAAUAACGCGAAGGUCGCGGGUUCGAUCCCCUCAUGGGCCAAUGUUUAUUUUGCUAAAGUUUAUACAUAAUUAUUAUUAUUCUUCAUAAAUUUAUGCCCAAAUUAUCAAGGUGUAUAAAAAGAUGCUUAGGGAGAAGUUCUCUCCCUAAAGUUCCACUUUAUAGGUGCUUCGUAGCCAACAUCGUGCCGGAUCCAUAAAAAUGUAAUAAAAAAUUGUUUUAUUUAAUAUUCAUUUUAAAUUAUCGACUUGUUUUGGAUACUUUUUGAUCGUUAAAUCGGUUUAACAAUUCCAUCUAAGGAUGUCUAUAUAAGAUUUAUAUUUGAGAAUUUUCCAAUCUAACAAAAUCGCUGUAUGAUAUAAAAUUCACGACAACCUCCAGGUUUUGACAUAGUCUGGGAUGUAUCUCGAAAUGUCCAUCUCAAUUUCAUACUACAGUAUUCUAAGACUCAUAAUAUUCAUCCAAAUAUUCAUAAGACCGACGGCAUCUGAAUAUUUAAAUUAUUCCAAAAUAUUGGAAUACGAUAAUCUAUCUAUCUGAUAUUUAAAUACAUUUAUCAUAAAUGAUAAAUAAAGUUGCAAUGGUUGGCAUAAAUAUGAUCAUGAAAACUCGAUCCAUUUACUUUAAUAAAUCUGGUGUAAGAUAUAUAUAGUUAGAAAUGUCACACCUCUAUUAAAAGUUUAACAAUUUUAAUUAAAAUCCAUUUAAUAUUAUUGUUGAGAAUAUAUAUUUUAUUGUAAAAAUUAAGCAUUUUUUUAUAUGAAACCUAAUACGUCCAAUAAAACGAUCUUAAAAUAAAUUAAAAAUAAAAGAAAUGUCAUUCAAAUUC